GUUACCUUAAUAACAAAGAAGCCACAGAGAAGACUAUAGACAAGAAUGGGUGGCUCCACACUGGAGACUUGGGGUUCAUCGACGACGACGACGAGAUCUUCAUCGUCGAUCGACUGAAGGAACUGAUCAAAUACAAAGGAUAUCAAGUGGCCCCAGCUGAGCUUGAAGCUCUCUUGACUUCAAACCCUAAUGUUUCUUCUGCUGCUGUCGUACCAAUGGAAGAUGAAGCAGCUGGAGAGAUUCCGGCUGCAUUUGUUGUUAGAACUGAAGGCUCCAAGAUUAGUGAGGAUGACAUCAAGAAGUAUAUUUCUGAUCAG